CGGCUCUAAGAAGCGGUUACGAUGUGCGGUGCGGGUCGGUGGGCGCUUCUCGUGGGUGUCACACGGUUCGCUCGUUCUUUCGUAUUCGCUGAAGUGACUGUCUGCGCGUGAAUAAGUUUCAGGUCCAUGUGAGCAGCUAUGCAGCGUCCGGAGGCGCUGCACCCCUCUUCAUGGGCUUUGUUGGAGUUUUUGGGACAGCGUAGUCUGCUGGGCUUCGGGGUGCUCCUUGUCUGGAUGGUCCUCUUCCAUAUGCUGGUCAAUGUGUGGCUGCUGUGUGUCUUCACCAGCCUGCUCGUAGUGCUUGGCAGCUGGCUGGGCUCCCAGGCUGUCCUGGAUUCUGGCAGCAUUGUCCACCUGGAGCGCUUCAUUCCUCUGGAGAGACUUCCAGAAUCCCCUGAAUCCGAGUGUCAGCUAGAUAGGGAGAUCCAGAGCACUGUGCACAAGAUCAUCCGUGACUUUGUGUCCUCCUGGUACCGCACGGUGUCCACGGAGCCGGAGUUUGAGCUUCAGGUGGAAAGUGCCAUGUUAGCUAUGGCGAUGGAGCUGAAGCGACGGGCAAAGAGGGUGGACCGCAGAGCUCUGACCCGGCGGGUGCUCGACUUGUGUGGCUCUCAUCUGCGAAGUUACAAGAAGGCAAAACAGUUGAUGGUGGAGGAAAAGGAGCCCAAUGCAGAUAACAGCCUCUGGGGGCUCUACUGCCAAGCAGGUUCUCCUCAUCCAGCUCUGAAGAGCUCUGCCUUGGAGGUGAACUAUACCCGGGCCAUCGUGGACCUGCUGCUGCACGUGCUCGUCCCUGCACCUCACUUGGAGACCCGCACAGGCAGGUUUGUGGUUGGGGAGCUCAUCACCUGCAACGUUCUUCUGCCCCUCAUCGGCAAGCUGUCCGAACCCGACUGGCUGAAUGUAUUGAUUGUUGACAUUUUUACAAAGUCUGGUCAGCAGGCUUCAGAGGAAGUGCAGCCUACCAACACCCUGCCCACUCCUCCCUUGUUGCCUCCGCAACACACGCUGCAGCAGAACCUUGAGGUGCCAUCCACGUUAACAUUGAGCAUCCCUUUGGAAACCCCUAUUGUGACAGAGCCUCCAACACCUGAGCUGGCUGCUUAUGACAUCACUGACUCUGAGGAGCUGUACUCUCAGCAGGUCGUGGAAGAGGAGGAGACUGGACCUGAUGUAGGAACAAAGCUGUUUGUUGCUGGAAAGCCUAGCGUCAGCCCCAUGGAGUACCUAAGGCCAGGCAAAUUCAACCCUUUCUACCAGGAAGCCGAUUCUGACCUGGAGUCCCCACUCUCAGACUUCAAGAAGAGUUCCAUGGAAUCCCUGGUUUUAAUAGGUGAUGAGAUGUUAUCAGACAGACUUCCUGAGUGUGCCACACCCACAGAUGCCUACAGUGUUAUGGAUCCAGAGGAUGAGCUGCAGGCAAGUGCAGGUUUGGGAGAGGGCUCUUGUCCAAGAGUGCUGAUCCCUGAGCAACCAGACCGUCCCAACACUCUGACGGACCUUGCAGACACAAGGCUGAGUGGGAAUGGUGCGGUUCAAGGUGUGUUGUCAGAACCAGAGAAAGAGCCGUCGGGUGUCACUUUUGCUCCCAAGAGUAACUCCAGCGAGCUUCGUGUGCCGACACCCACUCUGCAGAUGUGCUCGCCUACGACUGUUGUGGCACCACUAUCGCCGUUCAGCUUUGAACCCCCCAGCAGCCCCGAGGGCCCUGUUAUAAUCCAGAAUCUUCGCAUCUCUGGAACCAUCACAGCUAAGGAACACAGAGGCACAGGCUCCCACCCCUACACCCUCUACACCAUCAAGUAUGAAACUGCAGUGGAUUCAGAAAACCCAGAUGUUCCCCAGUCAGUGGCCUACCACAUGGUGAAUCGGCGGUACAGUGAGUUCCUCAACCUGCAGACACGAUUGGAGGAGAAACCAGAGCUCCGGAAAAUUCUGAAAAAUGUGAAAGGACCAAAAAAGAUAUUUCCAGAUCUUCCAUUUGGGAACAUGGACAGUGACAAGGUGGAGGCCAGAAAGGGACUGCUUGAAACCUUUCUCAAGCAACUUUGUGCUAUUCCUGAAACUGCCAACAGUGAGGAGAUGCAGGAGUUCCUGGCUCUCAAUACUGAUGCACGGAUUGCGUUUGUGAAGAAGCCUUUCAUUGUGGCACGGAUAGACAAGAUUGUGGUGAACGCCAUUGUGGACACCCUGAAAACAGCAUUCCCUCGCUCUGAGCCGCAGAGUCCCACUGAGGAUGUGGACACUGAGCCUGAUGGGAAGGCCCCGUCUGACACUAAGAAAACAAAGUCUCGACUUAGGUUCUCCAGUAAAAUUGCCCCAGUCCUCAAUGUGAUUGACAUGCAGCCCAAGGUGCUCUACUGCUUUGAUGAGAGGAGCACUGUGUUCAGUGGCCUCUCGCUUGCCGGCCUGGAAGCUUUCAUCACCGAGCAGGAGCGACUGGUGGGCAAGGUGCCGGUUCUGCUGCGGGAAGCUGAGGGGGAGAAGGAUGUCUGCCUGGCAAACAGUGAUGUCUGGCAAAGGCCAGGGAAACAACACCAUGGGGUAGCAUGCCAUGAAGCAUCUGCAGAGAUGGCCCUGGCAGAUGUGGCCCUUGACAUCUUGUGUCUGCUGAUGAGAGACCAGUGGAGCUGGCUGUGCACAGAAAACAUCCAGAGGACCAUCAGACUGAUGUUUGGGACACUCAUAGACAGGUGGCUAGAUGUGGGAGUGGCCAACUUGACCUGCACACAGUACUGGGUGGUCUACCUGCGGGUGCUACAAGAGGCCAUCUGGCCCGGCGGCACCCUGCCAGCUCAGCCUCGCCCAGAACGUACCCCCCAGCAAAAGGAGAAUACCCACCGGCUUUCCCUGCAGUGCCUUAUGAGGCUCAUCCCAGAUCUGGUCUCAGACUUGCUGGGCUAUGAGAAGUACCGCAUGACCUGGCAGACAGCACUGGAAUCCCUUCAGGACCCCCAGAUCAACAGGCACCUGGUGUACUGUGUGUGGGACCUGCUACUGGAAUUUCUCAUUCCAGAAUCCUCCAGUGAGGAAUUUCAGAAGUUGCUGCUGUACAGCCUUUCCGGUGUAGCGGAGAAGCCAUCGAUAUGAACGUGUUGGGAGAAAAAAUUCCUCUCAGAAGCAAUUAUACACAUGCACAUGCGCCUGAGUACACUGUCCACUGGGUGACGAUGCCAUGGGUGAUCGUACUGCUGGAAAUCGCAAGGCCAGUGUCCCCACCUUCACCCUCAGCACUUGGAACCCAGGCCCCAUGGAUCUGGGUCCAAUUUAAACUUGACCUUUCUGGGCCUCAAACUGCACAGCACACAUCCGCAGCGGCCUUCCUUGCUGGCCACCUGUUUUGUGUUUGAACAGAGCGCCUUGCUGAUCCCUGAGAGCCCUUUGUACCGGAUCUUAGUUUGUGGGAAAAGACAAAAAACGUUUUGCUAGCCCCCCACCCUGCCUUCCUGAACCCCAAGACGCUGCCUCUCCUGCCUCUCCAAAAGCCAGGCUUAAGGCAAACCAGUAUCAUAUGUAUUUAACACUAUUGUAAUCCAUCCUCAGCCUGUCAUUUGAGAAAUGGAGAUUUGCUGGAAAGUGCAACGUCAACAUGGUUUAGAGGAGGUGGAAGUGAGUUACUCCCCUUGGAUCUUUGCUGGGCUGUAUUUGGGUUGUAGAUCUUGUGGCCGCCUUACAUGUUGUCCUGGUUAGGUGUAAUUCCUUGCCUCUUGCUCUUUGAUAUCCUUUACCUGGCUGCUGCUGGUGCUGCACAUGAAUUCUGUCCACCUUUCUCUGUGCAUUCUCCUGCUGGACUGUGCCAAAGGGGCCUGUGUAAGCCUGUGCUUGUGCUGAUGUAGCCUUUAUUUGCCCUGUGUGUGAAGCAUUACAGUGUUAAAUCAGUCAUUGGCCCUGAUGCUGAUAAGGUGAAGGCCUCCGAGUUUGUGUGAGUGUCAGUCCUGAGAAUAUCUCUUUGUUCCUUUUACGUGGUUUGU